UAUUCUGCCGAUUUAUGUUCCGCGGCACAUGUUCAUCGAUUUUCGUGGAAAUUAGGAAAAGUAAAGCAAAAACCUUUACAAAAUGGGCGCUAUAGCAAGUAGAUACCGUGUAUCGAACACCGGACUUACUAGCACGGACGUGCAAAACAUACAAAACGCUAACAAACGCGAUAAUCCUGGGACAUUAGAUGAAUUGCAUAAAAAGACCAAAGAUGUAAUGCCAGUCAACUUCGAGGGUGGCAAACUUAUGGUGAACAAAGGGAUAUCGAAUCAUUUUCAGAUGUCCCACACCCUGACAAUGAGCUCAAUGCAAAACGGAUACAAGUUGGGAGCGACAUACAUUGGCACUAAACAAAUAUCUCCCACCGAGGCAUUCCCAGUUGUCUUAGGUGACGUUGACCCCGCUGGAAACGUCAAUUUCAAUCUUAUUCAUCAAUUGACAAAUGAAAUAAGGAUCAAAGGUGCUGCUCAGGUCCAAGAAUGCAAGCUAACGGCAACACAAGGUACAAUAGAGUACAAAGGUUCUGACUACACGCUGGCCCUGGCUGUUGGUAAACCUGACUUCAGUGAAAAGUCCUCUGUAUUUGUAGGCCAUUAUUUACAGUCAGUAACCCCUCGUCUGGCACUUGGAGCUGAACUCGUGUAUCAAUCUAGUCCACGCAUCGCGGGUGGUGAAAUAGCCAUCGCUUCCGGCGCAGCUAGAUACACUAUGGAUGAUUCUGAAAUAUCAGCGACGCUCGGCGCGGCAAGCUUGCACGUCUGCUAUUUCAAACAAGCGAGUGAACAAUUACAGGUGGUAGCAGAAAUAGACACGUCGUUCAGAGGGAUGGAGUCGGUUGGUACGAUCGGUUAUCAAGUAACCAUACCCAAAGCGGAGCUGGUCUUUAGAGGUAUGGUAGAUUCCAACUGGAAUAUCGGAGCCGUGUUAGAAAAGAAACUCCAACCGUUGCCGUUUACAUUUGCUUUGUCCGGAAUGGCAAAUCAAGCGAAACAGCAGUUCAAGUUUGGUUGCGGACUCAUCAUCGGUUAAUAGUGUUUUGUGAUUGUGGAGUGUUUGUGUCUAGUGAUGUUGCAUCGAGAUAAUGCUAUUAUUGUAAGUAACUAUAGAUUAUAGACUCAUGCACAA